AUGGCCAAGUUUCUUGCCCUCGGGAUCGUCGCCGCGUCCGUCGUCGCCCAAGUCGAAGUCGUCAACAGCACCGAUGUCCCGGUCAGCAAGUACCCGUUCGUGGCGACCAUCCGCGCGACCGAGACCGGCCCAGCUAACUGCGUCGCGUCCUUAUUUACCCCCAAGGCGCUCCUCACCACCGCCAGCUGCACCGGUGGGUCGGCCGUCUACGCCUCGAUCGGGUCAAACUUCUGGGAAGGCAACAAGGACGGCGAACGCAUCAAGAUCGUCAAACAAACGAUUCACCCUCAGUACAACGACACGACGGAGGACUUCAACCUUGCCGUUCUUGAACUUGCAAGCGAAUCCAACGUCGUUCCCGUCAAGCUCAACUGGAAAGAAGACAUCGAGAACGAACUCGGCAUCGUGUCCACACUGCUUGGCUUCUACAACGACAAUGCCGACGGAGAAAACGUCCUCGUGGAUAACCACAUGACGAUGUGGUCCAAUGACAAGUGCUCCAAGGCGAUCGAGUACGAAGUCUUGCCGUCCAAUAUGUGCGUCGUGCUGGCCAACCGUUCACCGUCAUCCGCGACAAUGUCGAGUAUCUCGCCGGAGUAG